AUCGUAAACACUCCUUUUUAUUUUCGGUUCGGCGAUAUCGCAUUUUUUAUACAGACUUUACAAAAUAUAAAUAGAAAUAAAUUCUAUUUUUAUUUUCUUAAGUUCUUUUCUAAUAUGAUUGUCUCGCUAUGCCUGAGAAGUAUUUAUGCCUUGCUUUUUAUAUCUGUGGUUACCCGCGCAGAUGAACUAGAAAAAGAGACCAUAGACAAAGUGAUUGAGGAUGAAAUCACUCAUAAACUGGGUGAGGACCUGCUACAGAGUAUCGAAAAGAAGUUCCAGGUAGACCUUGAAAGGUCAGUGGACUCAGUGCUGACAAAGAUCAAAUUGCUGCUGCAAAAUGGGACUUCUCACAUCCAGGAUAAGCUGGUGGAGCUACAGGAUGCGUUGGACAUCAUGAAGAAAGAGAAAGCAGAAUUGGUAGAUGAAUGUCUCAUGAAGAAACAAAACGAUACAGCAGCGUUAGCAGAGAAAGCUUUACACCAAAUGGUAGUCUGCGGCUAUGCACUGAUCGGCCAUGACCCUGCGCAAGCCAUGCGCAACGUCAUAGAGCUCAAGAACAUGAUUAACACCGGGUUGAAACCUAUUUACGAACAAAGGCAGGAAAUUUACAACCUCAUAAAAAUCUGCGGUCACGACCACGACUCCCUGAAGAAGGUCAUCAAAUGCGUCAUCUCGAAGUCUCCUCAAAUCAAAUCAGCGAUGAUGGGUGUUUCGGCAAAAUUAGUCGACGGAGUUGUCCAGCUUACAAAACUGAUGGCCCAUGGAGCCAUGCACGAAGCAUGCCUUAUUGAGGUCAUCAGGACUGUCGAAGAGGAAGCCUUUGUCUUAGUAAAGAAAGUCAAGAAAUGUGUUGAGAAAGGCGGUGUCAUAACUGUCGAUGACGACCCUACUCCUAGUAGUAUCCAGGUUGCGGAGAAGGAGUACAACCUAGGCUAUAAUGCUACCGUAGCUGACUGGGAUACUAAAUUUAGAGCUUCGAAGGAUAACUCUUCAUCACCAAACGAGGCUGUUAAGCUUGAUGUGGUGUCAGGAAUACCUUUAGAUGCAGUAUCCUCGAAAAUAGAGACAGGACAGGCAAAAGAAGAAUUAAAUCAAAAUGUGUUAACGGAACAAGCAAAAGCAAACACUGGUGUUAAACAACAAAUCAAUGCUGAAAUUAAGCCCGAAGUACCAAGAGGAGAAGCGCCUAAGGAGGAAAUCAAAGAAGAAAUGAAGAAAUUAUUAAGACGAAUGAUGGGAAAAACUGGCAAGGAUGACAAUCUUAAGUUGCAGUUAUUGAAAGAAUUAGCGAAAGACCAUAAUAACAAUAUUGAUGGGAAAUUGUAAAAUAUAAUGUCGUCAUUUUG